AUGGCUCAUCCGGGGAGAAGAGGCUACGAUAACCGGGAGAUAGUGCUGAAGUACAUCCACUAUAAACUCUCACAGAGGGGAUACGACUGGGCUGCCGGCGAGGACAGGGCACCCCUGCCUGCGGGUCUCUCUCCUCCUGCUGCUGCUGCUGCGGUUGCUGCUGCUGCUGGGACUUCCUCUGAUCACACUGGGCUGGUGUCUCCGCACCCCGAGCCCCCUGGCUCGGCUGCUGCUAGCCACGUGCCCCUGGCCGAGGGGCUGCGCCCCGCGCCCCAGGUCGUCCACCUCACCCUGCGCCAGGCGGGGGGCGAGGUCUCCCGCCUCUUCGAGUUCGGUGGCGUCAUGUGCGUGGAGAGCGUCAACCGGGAGAUGUCUCCCCUUGUAGACAGCAUCGCCGCCUGGAUGACCGAGUACCUGAACCGGCACCUGCACAACUGGAUCCAGGACAACGGAGGCUGGGAUGCCUUCGUGGAGUUGUAUGGCAACAGUAUGAGGCCUUUGUUCGAUUUCUCCUGGAUCUCUCUGAAGACUAUCCUGAGUCUAGUUCUGGUGGGAGCUUGCAUCACUCUUGGCGCUUAUCUUGGACAUAAGUAGAGUCAUCCAGUUUAUCGUGGAUUACAAAAGUCUUUCAGAAUAACAAAAUAAUAUUUUUUUUUUCUGUAGCACAAUGAUAUUUUAUGAGCAAAACAACUUCCCAGCUAAAGAUUAAAUCAGCUAUUACUGCCAAAGGAAAUACCAUUUAUUUUUACAUUGCAGGAAAAUUAUUUAUUAAAAGAUAUUUACAUUUUAACCUGCUAUUUUCAGAAACUCUGCAAGUUGUAUCUGUCAUCACAUCAUGUUGUUAUUCUUAACUUUAAUGAGCCCCAAAGUCUUUUAGGUUCUCUUUCAAUUAAUGCAGCUGGCUGGAUUAUUUUAUCUUUGAAGAGCAAAUGUACUGACAAAGACCUACCUGCUUACACUUACGAGGGCAGUUACUUGAGCUGCUAAAGGCUGCGUAAUUGUGUUGAUUUUCCUUGCAUUUUUUGGGUAGCUGGGAGGGAUCUGAAAGACAAGGUCAGCGUGAACAAAGCUCUCACCCUGUCCUGCUGGCAAGAACUGACGGAGUAAUCGAUUCAACAUGGUACAUAUGUGGAGUCA